AUGGCUUCGAAUCUGUCCACUCGAGCGGCCAGGGCCGCCUGCUCCGCUUCAAAGGCGGUGCCUUGCACCCAGGCGAUGCUCAUCCCCCGCCGCACCUUCGCUACGGGCCCAGAAUCCUCGACCGGCGAGGCAGAGCAGCCCCGAUGGUCCUACACGCCGCCACGCGCAAAGGCGCCUUUCAGCCUGCGGUUGCACUCGAAGCGCCCUUUCUUCCACGUUAACUCGGACCCGGCGCUGCUUGAUCAGUUCUAUAUCCGAAUGCUGGGCAAUGGUGGCGACAAGAUCCUCUCGGAUGAGCUGAAGUGGUUGGCCGUGACGCAUAAGAGUUUUGAUCAAGGACGCCGCGGCUUCAACGACCGAUUGGCCUUUCUCGGCAAGCGCAUUGUGCAAUUGCAGGCUUCGCUCGCUCUUGUGCAGAACCCCGAGACUGCCAAUACGGCCGUAAAGAAGGAUGAUUACGGCCGCACACCUUUCACCCACCCGGCCCUGGAUGGCCUGAAGAACCUCUCCCCCGAGACCAAGAAUUUCCUGACCGACCGGUCUAAGCUUGCCGAGCUGGCGCAAAAAUACGACAUGCAGAAGAUUCUCCGGUGGACUCCGCGCAAGCCCGAUGACCUCAAAUCUUCUGGCCUUGAACUCAUCCUGGCACACACCAUGUACGCUGUUGUCGGAGCGGUCUCGUUGGAGAAGGGUGGACACAUUGCCAACAAGGUGGCCCAGGAGCGGAUACUCGAGCCGCUGGGCCUCAAGACGGUCUCGUAA